AUUUCAGAAAAAGUGAAAUUAAUCAUGGGGUAAAAGAGUUAAACUAUUUUGUAGCUAAUUGCUGCCAGUCUUACAAAUUAUCUGGUCAAAAAUUAUACUAGAUUCCAAACCAGGAAAGUGAUUACAGGACUGGUGCCUUCUGUGUGUGCGAUGGGUGCAUAGAAUUACAUAUAUUUAAAUAGCGCCACUAUAUUUAUGCAGCACUGUACAAUAGGUAAACAGGACAAACAAUGAAUUCUAACAAAACAUUUAAAAAAAAACUGGAACAGAAGAUGAAGAGGAUCCUGCCAAAAUGAUCUUACAAUCUAAAAGCAUGUAUGUUUGUGUGUGCCUUUUGUGUAAUUUUUGUGGUGGGUGCACAAUGUGUGUGUGUGAUAAGUGUGUGGUGAGUGUGUAAUGGGUAUGAUGGUCACCUGAUGUGUGUGAUGGUGCACAUUGUGCAUAUCUGAUGACAAUUGGGGGUGUUGGUGAUGUCUGACAACCUAAAAAGUGCCAAAGACCACCAGGAAAUAUGUUUUUGUUUUUCCAUGCACAGAAGUUCCAGAGGAUCGCUCAGACAACAUGCUUGUAGACAACAACCUGGAUGCUGGACCUGUGGUGCCUGUGGAUUUUCUCCCAAAGAAGACGAGGGUCGUUUUGAAAGACUGGGCUUUGCUUCGCGAGAGAGCCAAUGAUCAGCAACGAUUCAAAACAAACAAGAACCAUGAAGACAAAAAGAACGUCCGCCAAUCCAGGGUCAGUUUGAAAUGUUCUUCUUACAGAAUGAAAGCUUGUGAAUCCUGUUCUAUGAGAGGGGAUUCAGUAUUCCAAUGAAACCCUAAAUAUUGCAGUGUAGAGGUAAAAAAAUGAUAAUGAAAAAAAUACACAUUAAUGGCAGCACUGAAACGUUUUACAGCUCGUGGAGUUACCAAUCACAUGGAUUUCUGUUGGUUGUAACCACUACUACUACAUUCCUUCUCUAUAUUGAGGGAUAUAAGAUAAGGGAUGCAAUAUUUAACACAGAGGAUGAGAUGUUAUUAUGCCCAGAGUACAUAGUUACAUAGUUACAUAGUUACAUAGCUGAAAAGAGACUUGCGUCCAUCAAGUUCAGCCUUCCUCACAUUUUUUUUUUUUUUUUGUUGUUGAUCCAAAAGAAGGCAAAAAACCCUGUUUGAAGCACUUCCAAUUUUGCAACAAGCUAGGAAAAAAAUUCCUUCUUGACCCCAGAAUGGCAGUCAGAUUUAUCCUUGGAUCAAGCAGUUAUUACCCUACAUUGAAAGAUUAUAUCCUUGAAUAUUCUGUUUUUGCAAGUAUGAGUAUAACAUAUUCAUACUGGUGUGACAAGCUAGAUACAUACAAAUGGUUAAAUGUCCUGUCUGAUAUGUUUGAUUUAUGAACAUUAAUAAAAGGGAGGCUGCCAUGUUCACAGGCUCAGUUUUUAUUCAUAAAAUGUGUUUUGCAGUUUGCUUGAAUCCAUAAUCUUCAUUACCAAGAGGAGAUGAUAGUUUAAUGUUUUAGCCCAUAAUAAUCCCACAGUGCAUUUAGAAAUAGGGUUCAUUUUGCCAGGAAAGGGGAGGUGGGGGAGGGGUUGUGCCUUUUAAAUAUUCAAAACUGUAAAUAUCUCAGUUAUAUUUUUUUUUGGCAAGGAUUUUAGGUUUGUAUCAACACAAUAUACAGCACUACAGAAUAUGUUGGAACCUAAAACUCUUAUCUAAGAAUCAUCUAUUUUCCCAUGGCAGAGUCUCUGUCAGCUGCAGCUGGAUCAGGUCCUGGAACGGAUCUCCAUCAUGCACCUUCCUGAUGAGAGAGCCCCCUUGGAACAUCUUUACGCACUCCAUAUCCCAAACUGUGACAAGAGUGGCUCAUUUAACCCCAAACAGGUAAUCAUCACAUCAGAAGCAAAAUGGGAGAUAAGGAGCCAAAUAAAGACCAGGAACAAAAUGGGAUAUAAAGAGAAAAAAAAAAAAAAAGAGAUAAGAAGCAAAAUGAUAGAUUAAGAGCAAAAUGGGAAAUAAGGAGAAACAUGGGACACCAGGAACCAGGAAAAUGGUGAAUCAGAAACAAACGUGAAUGUGAAAUCAGGAACCAGCAUAACAUAGCGCUAUAAUUACAUUUCUUCUACCCACCAUUUGGAUGCUUCUAUAACAAGUCUCAUAAAUAUAUUAGCAGUUUUUGAGAUUAAGUAAAUACAAUUAAUAUUAUUCUCAUAGUACGCAUGAUGACCCCUGUCCACCACCAAAAGCAUCUUCAGUAGGGAUGUGAGCAUCAGAACAAAAUAAAAUAAAAUAGCUAACUGAGUGUUGGUAUUUGAAAGAGUAGAAUGAUGUAAAGCAUGCGUAUACUAUGGAGUAUAUAUGAAACUAGUUAUUACAUAAAAGAGUGCAAACAACAACAUAUCGGGGAAAAGACUUUCACGCCCUCUGCAAAAGGGAGGGCCAUGUGAUUGAUAAUAACCAUUUUACUCUUGAUCUGUUGGGUGCUUGUUGCUAGCAGUGUAUUUCAUGGUAACUCACUCUAAUUACAAAAUGCAUGCGCACAAAAGUUAAAAUGUCUCCAAUGUGCAGUAGCUCAAUGGGCUCAACAGACUAAUAGAGCAGUGGUUGCUAAAUUGCCCGUGCACAAACAUUGCCGUUCCACAAACAAUGCCCACUCACAAACAAUGCCGACUUCAAACAUUGCCUUCUCGCAAACAUUGCCCAUUUACAAACAUUGUCCUCCCAUAAACCUUGCCCUCCCACAUACAUUGCCCACUCACAAACAUUUCCAUGGGUUGGGUGUUCUUUGGAACUUGUUAGGUUUCCAGCCAUCAUGAAGAUCCCCAAUUGUCAUCACAUAUGCACAAUGUGCACCUAUUACACACAUUACACACUCACCACACAAUUAUCACACACACAUAAUAUACCCAUCACGCACAUUACACACUCACCACAUUUAUCACACAUACAUUAUGUACCCAUCACACACAUUACACACUCACCACACAAUUAUCACACACACAUAAUAUACCCAUCAUGCACAUUACACACUCACCACACUCUUAUCACACAUACAUUAUGAACCCAUCACACACAUUACACACUCACCACACAUACAUUAUGUACCCAUUGCACACAUUAAACACUCUUAUCACACAUACAUUAUGUACCCAUCACACACAUUAGACACUCACCACACACUUAUCACACAUACAUUAUGUACCCAUCACACACAUUACACACUCACCACACACUAAUCACACAUACAUUAUGUACCCAUUACACACAUUACACACUCACCACACACUAAUCACACAUACAUUAUGCACCCAUCACACACAUUACACACUCACCACACACUUAUCACACAUACAUUAUGUACCCAUCACACACAUUACACACUCACCACACACUAAUCACACAUACAUUAUGUACCCAUUACACACAUUACACACUCACCACACACUAAUCACACAUACAUUAUGCACCCAUCACACACAUUACACACUCACCACACACUAAUCACACAUACAUUAUGCACCCAUCACACACAUUACACACUCACCACACACUAAUCACACAUACAUUAUGAACCCAUCACACACAUUACACACUCACCACAUAGUAAUCACACAUACAUUAUGUACCCAUCACACACAUUACACACUUACUACACACUUUUCACACAUACAUUAUGUACCCAUUACACACAUUACACACUCAUCACACAUACAUUAUGUACCCAUCACACACAUUACACACUCACCACACUCUUAUCACACAUACAGUAUGCACCCAUUAAACAGUGCAAAGUCAAUGAAGGAGCUAUUUAAUCUUAAGAAGAAUGUCUUCCUCAUACCAGUGGUGGUCAACCUUGACACUGCUGAUAGUGUUGUACUGCAAUUCCCAUGAUGCUCAGCUAGCCCCUUCCCUUUAUUUCUCAGUCCCUGGAUAACAUACUGCAUAAUAUAUUAUUUGUUAAUGUAUAAUAUUAUGUAAUGGAACUAUCGCUACUUUCAGUUCAUCUUGUUCUGUUCUCCUAAUAGCUGUUUCCUAUGUUUUUCUCUUACAGUGCAAGAUGUCUUUAAAUGGGCAGCGCGGCGAAUGUUGGUGUGUUAACCCCAGCACCGGAAAAUCCAUCCCUGGUUCCCCCACCGUCCGUGGAGACCCCGAAUGCCACUUGUAUAAUACCACUCCUGAAGAAGAGCGUAGAUCUCAUGCAGUCCGUGCUCCAUAAUUCAAACCACAUUCAAACCAAGCCACCCCGACUUACUUACUUCCGGCUGUUAUCAAUAACUGUGUUGUACAUAAAAGGAAAAAUAUCAAAACAAUGGUUUUGAAAGUGGGCUGGUGGAUGUAUAAUCAUUGAUUAACUUUUAGAGUUACUGGCUAUAAAUCCCUUUCAAUGCCAGAGCUAAACAGGUUCAAAGGGGUAGGGGUAUGCAUCCACUGGUCCUGGAGCUGUGGGGGUACAAACUGGUGGAGUAUGACGUCUACUGCAGCUGAGGGGCCAGUGAUUGAAUAUCUCUUAUCUAAACUGCUUUUGGCAUGGAAGGUUUUAUAAGGAAUGUCUGCAUCAGCCCAUCCUUUUGAUGAACCAUCCCUACUUCAAACCUUCUCAGUAAUGGUGGACCAACAGCAUGGGUCAAGGUCAGACUUCAAAAGGCAACUAUAAAGCAACAUAUGCUUUAUAAAGGGUGAAAUCAGAAUACUGAUUUUAAUGGGAAUUCCUCACGUUCAGAGCUGUCCAUUUACACAAAGGUUUAAGUAUAAAAGGUCAUCUCUAAGAGGCUUUUCAAACAGUAUUAAUUAACGUCUCAGCUGUCGGGGGGGGGGAGGGGGGCAUUGACCAAUCAGUUGUCCAUUCCAGCUACCUGUAUUAUAUGCAUAUAAGGGUUCGCCUUAUAUGACAUUAUUUGACCACGAGACAUAAUCAGUUAGUGGCUCAGCCGAAUUCAAUUUCUUGUGUACAUUUUUAUCCUGUGCUGAGUUUAUAUUUUUAUUUCUUUUUCCCCCCAAACAAUGUCAAUCAGUAUAUGCCUACUUUAAUUGACCCUCUCUUUGCCUUAGGUAUGUAUAAUCUCUCUACGAGGCAAAGGGUUAACGAGUACUGGAUUUUUUAUUAUUAUUAUUAUUAAUGUUAUUAUUAUUUUUAUAUCCUUUUUUCAAUGUUUUGAUUUGUUUUUGAUGGGAAUAUUAAGGGAAAUUGUAUUUACUUUUUUUGUUUUUUUAAAUUAUUUUCCCCCACAAUUGAAAUAACCUAUUUUUGGCUGGGUCUGUCGGUAAGUCCUUUGGAUCGAUCAGAAACUGAAAGUGGAACAUAAUGCCCGGUUUUAUUUUUUCCAUCUUUUGCUUUGGGUUACAACUCAUUUAACCCGUCUAUACGUUAAACCCACUGCCUCACACCGUGAAGCUUCUGUUGAGAAAUGUACAAUGAACUUCAGGGUCUGUCAUUUGGCACAUCCUGGAUCCAUCAUAAUUCAUUGUCUCAGAGAAGCGUUAGAUAACAGAAAGGACAGUAAAGGGAAAAAUGUUACUAUGAUAGUGACGCAUUUACUAGGACAAAUUCAAAGUGCUGCUAUAAAACAUUAAGCCUUCAGCAGAACAUCUUCAUCUUGCCUUAAAGUAGGGUGACCUGUGGAUCCUCAGACAGUUUACUACUUACCUAGGGCACAACAUGAUUUACUAAUCUUCACGUGUCCACAUGUCAUUUCAGCUUGCAGUGGAUCUGUGCAAAUAUAGAAAGUUUGAUUUGACAAAUCUAUAAUAAUUAAAAUCCGUGCUGCUUCUUUUUAAAUGGAGGGCUUUUUAACAUUCUUAUCUGAGACAGAAAAAUAAUUAAGUGUGUGAAUUCCAAAUAGCAGUCUAUGUGAAUGUGUGUGGGAUUAUAUUUUUCCUUUUUUCCUAUGUUACCAAAACAUGUCAGUCUCCGAGCACAAUCAUUACUGUAUAUAGCAAAAAUACUUGUCAUGUUCACAUUGGUAUCUGUAUUAAUCCAUUAAGUGACCUGAUGUAAAUUCUGCUUGUAGUUGGCUACAAAUCCCAAUAUUUAGCUGCAGAAUAAAGCUGUUUGAAAUAUAACGAAUCAGAUAAAACCACUGUAUUACACGUCAGGUGGGAAUUUCGAAUCAUUCUGAUAAACUCUAUUUUUUCUUUGUCUUUUUUCCUGAAUAUGAAUACUUUGCUAUUUCAAUUGUCUUUCGAUAACAUUAAGCUUUGCACAUGUGAGAUGUGCAUCUCUUUUCACAAAAUGUACAGUCCCCUGGGGGGAGGAUUAUGUGAUAACCACCCAACCCAUGUGAGUUAUCCACACAGUCACAGUAUUUUAUAGGAUUCCUGUCUGUUCAGAUGAGUUGUAUCUUAAUCAUUUCUGUGUUUCAAGCAUUUACAUAAUGUUCCCUUAUUUGAUUAUGCUAAUAUAAUUAUACACUGUUUGUUAAAUAUGUAAUAUUUUUUUUUAAUUGUAUUCUUUGCGGACGUCAAGUGAGCUGCAUUCUGAAAAAUAACCACUAGAUGUCAGAAUGCUUCCUGUCCAUAUCUUCAUUUUUUAAAUUAACACAUAUUCGAGUUUCCUGUUACACAUGUUCCCCUAUAAUUAGGGUCACCAGAUCCGCCAUGGUUUCAGUGAUCAAGUUAUGAUCAUCAUGAGUUUAUCUUUAGCUAUGUGUCCCUAGAGCUUGUGAAUUAGCUGAAAGGUUGGAGGCAGUAUUUUGGUUUGUUGCUUAACACUCAGACUAAUGUUAAUGUGGCUCUGAAUAAGGGAAAAGAGCCUUAGCAAGGCAGUAUGUGAUAUUAAAGCAGACAUAGUCCGGACACAGUGUAUCACAGUGAGUUUUCACUCUCUUGGCUGCCUCUAGGUCCAAGCCCUCCCAUCCUGAAGGAUAUUGUUUUAGAGUAACAAGGCGUUUUUAUGGACUAGACUGUAAGGUAUGUGGGUAACAAUGUAUUACGUAGCCUUCCCAAAUAACGUGAGAUUUAAUCUUCGUGUUAUAUGGUUUGUCAGCACAAGUGGUUCCAUCGCCAAUACAGCAUUACUAAUACUGAAUGAGCCAUGUUUGCUAGUCCAAGCAGGAACUGAAAUACAUAUCUUCCUAAAUGGAUGGACACGUCAAUGUCCGUGACUUGUAUUUUUAGCGUCCGUAGUCAGCCCACUUCCAUGUGUUACAAAAAAACACCUAACACUCAUGUUUUAAUUGUUCCUCCGUUGAUUAAAGAGUUACUCCAACUAAAAAGCAGCGUUGUCAUAGGACAAUAUUUUUGUUUAGAGUAACCCCCCAUUAAAAAAUAGAAAUAUGGCUAAAACUUACCUCCAUUCCAGCGCUUGAGCCACGUUCUCCCUGCAGCCCAAUCUUCCUCUGCUGAUGUCACUGCCCCCUCCAGCUGGCGGGGGAGGGAUGUAGGGAGAGAAUGUCUGAGUGGAAGACAUGGGUAGCACUGAGUGGGUGGCCGUGCCUCCAUUGGACGCAUCUCGCCAGCAUGCUGACGUCAGACAUCCACUACGCACUGAAUCAUAUUAGCCAGCCCAGAACUCUUGACGCCCCAAUGACGUACACCACCAGCAGCAGAUUAGUUAGACUCGGUAUGUGCAGCAUUUUAUGGCGAAACGCUGCACAUACAGACUCCAGGCACCAUGACAACUUCAAAUCACUUGGAGUAACACUUUACUUCAACAAAAGUGAAGACUAGAUCUCAACUAAACAUAUGCCUUUCACAUUGUAGCUGUUUUUUGUAUUGUUUUUUUAUUCUGUAUUCACUGGAGUAAUCAGCAGAGGGCAUCACAACUGAUUUUACACAAAUAUCCCCUCGAUCAUACAGCUAUAUAGGGGGGCAGUCCUUUCUACCUUACACACCAAUGAAAGAAAACAUUGUUACACUUGUGUAUUGAGCAAUAAAAUAAAUCAAUAGAAAUACAA